AUGACGAAUGUAAACGAAUUGAAAGAAAAGUUUAUACAAGCUUUACAAGAUUAUCCAUUUGAAAGCGAGGAGGAAGCCUUGAAAUUGGGAAUGAAACACUUCACAGUCCAGAAGAAAGAUGAGUUCACUGCUUUGGAAACUCCAUACAUGUUUAGAACAGCUAUUCAACCAAAAAAGACAACUAGUCAGAUUUGCCACAACUACGAAGAGGGGUCCAGCUCAGAAGAAAGCACCGAUGAAUGCUCUGUUUUCUAUGGUGAGGAGAUAAAAAUGGACAUGGACUUGUUCAUAAACAACAAGCUUAUUGUCGAGGACUGUGCCUUGACUCUCUUUAGAAACCAGAAAUAUGGAUUGGUUGGGAGAAACGGGAUAGGAAAGAGUACGCUUUUGAAGGAAAUAAGAAAAAGGAAUUUUGGAAUACCAAAAGGAUUGAAAAUCCAUCUCCUUAAGCAGGACUAUGUAAGUGAUGAAAAAGUCUUAGAUUUUGUGGGUGCAGAUGCAGGAAAGAUACUUCAGAACUUGGGAUUUAAAAAAGAGCAGAUGGACGCCACCAUCCGGAGCCUGAGUGGGGGAUGGAGGAUGAGAGCACAGCUAGCAAAGGCUUUGCACAUAAACCCAGAUCUCCUACUCUUGGAUGAGCCUACAAAUUUUCUGGAUAUCAAGGCCAUUAAUUUUCUUGAAUCUCAGAUGGAUAGCCUUAAGACAGUCAUAGUAGUUUCACAUGACAGAAACUUCUUGGACAACGCUGUUGAUAACAUCCUGCAUUUGAAUAACUAUAAGAUUAAGGUGUACAAGGGAAACUAUGCACACUUUGUUAAGCAAAAGGAAGAUGAAAGGAUGGCUCAGCUUAAAGAGUAUGAGAAUGUUAAAGCACAGAAGGAGCAUAUUCAAAGUUUCAUAGAUAGGUUUAGAUACAAUGCAAAGAGAUCGUCCCAGGCACAGAGCAGGAUUAAGUUACUUGAAAAGCUUCCAAACGUUGAGCCACCCAAGGAAGAUCCCAGGAUGAAGUUUAGGUUUAAAAGUACAGGUGCAAAGGGAACAUUGCUUGAAAUGGAGCAUGUCAAAUUUUUGUAUGGUAAAGAAGAUGGCAACAAAGACAGAUGUAGUGAGAAUUUGAGGAUGGUUUUUAAAGACUUGAACUUGCGUAUUUCUCAUAACUCACGUAUUGUAAUUGUUGGGGAAAAUGGAAUGGGCAAGUCCACUCUCUUGAAAAUACUAACUGGCCAGCUAAAGCCCGAAUCUGGAAAAGUAAAUGGACAUCCUGCAUUAAAGGUGGGGUACUUUGCACAGCACCACGUUGAUCAUUUAAAUCACAAUAUGGGGGCCCUUUCAUUUUUGGUGCAAAAACACGAGGAGGAGGCAAGUAGGGCAGCACUGUCCAAUUUUGGACUGCAUAUAAACAAUCAGAAAAUAGGCACCCUUUCUGGUGGACAAAAGUCCAGAUUGGCACUGGCGAUGAUUAGUCUUGAUAGCCCCAAUCUCCUACUGUUGGAUGAGCCCACGAACCAUCUUGACAUGGAAACGAUUGAUGCAUUGGCAGAUGCGUUGGAAAACUUUGACGGAGCUGUUGUGUGUGUUUCACACGACUUAGCAUUUGUUGAAAAGGUAUUUAAAGACGUUUAUAUUUGUGAAAACCAGGAUUUGGUGUAUUUUAAAGGAACAUCGAUUGAAUACAAAGAAACGUUGAACAAGAGUAUAAAAAAUUAA